AUGGAGAUUCCCGCAGGUGUGCUCCAGCAUCCGUUUUUUAAUGUCGAAGGUCCCCCUGCUUUGAACUAUGGCAGCGUUGGCAUGAUAAUUGGUCACGAGAUGAUGCACGGUUACGAUAAGGAUGGGACCGAGUACGACGCGGACGGCAUGCGCCGACAAUGGGCAACACCCGUGUUCCUGAAAAAGUACACAGAGAGGGAGAUGUGCGUGCGGGAGUCACACAGAGCUGUCGAAACGGCGAGAGCCCGGCAGGCUGCGCUCAACGACACCAUCGACUCGGAGAACGUAGCCGACUUGGUGGGCACCAGGCUUGCUCACGCGGCCUUCGCGUCCUUACCCCCUGCUGAGCGGAAUGUGAGGCUUCCGGGCCUCAACCUGACGGCGGAACAUCUCUUCUUCAUUGGGCACUGCGCGAAGUGGUGCCAGAGCCACCGUGUGAUUAGAGAAGACUACGCUCCAGGACGCUCCCGCUGCAUUGUACCACUCAUGAACAUGGCCGAGUUCUCAGACGCGUUCGGAUGUGCACCACAAGCUCCCAUGAACCCUCCUAAAAAGUGUACCUUUUGGUAG